GCACUCGACUGAUGCACUAUAAAUAGGCUAGCGUUCAGUGCAAUGGCAUGUCAAACCGUUGCCAACUAUCAACACAAUAAAAUGUUCAAGCUGUGCGUUUUCGUUGCCCUGCUGAGCCUGGCGGCUGCUGCUCCCGCUCCUGCGCCUGCACCUGUGCCGGCGCCAGCACCCUCGCCCAGCCUGUGGGGACCCGCUGUGGUGGGACCUAGCAUUUGGGGACCUGUGGUUGCACCACCAGUAGUUGCUGGCCCAGUUGCCCUUGCACCACGCAUCGUUCAGGUGGUGCCCGGCGCAGUGUCCCAUGUCUCGGUCAGCCAGCUGCAUCCAUCGCCGAUUGUGGUCAAGAGCAUCUGGUAAAAGAGAGCUGCCAAUAGCUAAACGCGACACAUCCAGACAGACAAAUAGAUAGACUCACACACACACGCACACACACUGACAUACUGACAUGUACUCCGUCCGGCUACUGUUUCACCCACUGAAAUUUCACGUGCCCUGUUUAAGCAACAACGAAAAAUCACAAAAAAAUGUUUUAGUUUCUAUUUGUAUGCAAUAAAAUGCCCUGACAUAAAUAA